AUGCCGGAGGUUGCGCGAAGUUCCAAUGGAGCCGCCUCGCCUAAUAUGACAAGUGCCAAAGAAGCAGAUCAGGGGACGGUCGUCUCCGCGUCCAAUGUAUCCAACAGUAGAUCACCUACCAAGGACAAGUUUUCAUCCGCACCUGGCUCAGACGCGCCGGCGCGGACCUCCAAAAAACGAAGAAAAGUCAAUCAUGCGUGCAUCUAUUGCAGACGUUCGCAUAUGACUUGCGACCUCGAGCGACCAUGUACAAGAUGUGUCAAACGAAAUAUCGGACAUCUAUGCCAUGACGAGCCUCGUGAGGGCGUCAAGAAACCUAAAUCAGAGCCUGAAAAUGGCAGUGCUCCAAGCGAGGCUACUACGAACGGAGCAUCUACCUCCGAUGCUGCUUCAAAUGCCAUGUCCCAGCAGAUCAGCGCUACAGACGCAGGACUGAAUCUGGCGCCUCCUCCCCUACCUCCUAACAGAGCUGCCAGUACGCCGUCAACUACGCAAGCUGAUCCAGUAUCCGCGCCACAAUUACCUGCAUUGACUUCCGGCAACCAGUCUUUUGUGAACUAUGACAACCUCCUUUCUUCCUCUUCCCAAAACAACUUUCAGGAUAUGCACCAUUUUCAUCCCUCUUAUAUGUUCAACACACCAGAGGUCAGCAAUGAGUACAAUCUGUUCAACGACUUCCUGAACAACAACCUCAUGGAUGAUGGCUCUUUUUACGGUGGUGGCGAUCUUCACACCUUGUUCUCCGAUGCCUCUCUAAUGAACUCCAUGGGUACUCUGACUAACAACACCACCUUCGACCCGAACACGUCAAGAAAUGCCCAACUACUCCCGCCACCUGCCCAACCCACCGUCAGCAAUUCUGUCCAACGGCCAACAAACAGCGCUACCGCCGACAAGGCGCGAGAGAGGUACCUAAUGGCAGCUGCCGACCCAGCGGGUAACGAUAGUCCUGAAGAGCGUAUGAACAAACUGCUCAAGGCUAAGAUGGACGCCGGUCUUUUGAGACCUUUCAACUACGUCAAGGGUUACGCAAGGCUGAAUCAGUACAUGGAACAGAACUUGCAACAGGUCUCGCGUGUACGUAUAUUACGGCAGCUUGAUAGGUUCAGGCCCAAGUUCAGGGAGCGAGUACAAAAACUCAACGACAUGGAGCUGGUGCGCGUAGAGAUGUGGUUCGACAAGAGUUUGAUGGAGUAUGAUCGCGUCUUUGCGAGCAUGGCAAUACCUGCAUGUUGCUGGCGUAGAACAGGCGAAAUAUACAGAGGGAAUAAGGAAAUGGCACGUCUCAUUCAUGCGCCGAUGUCAAAGUUGCGAGACGGUAAUAUCGCACUGCACGAGAUCAUCGCCGAACCAUCACUCGUCUCGUAUUGGGAGAAAUUCGGUGCCAUCGCCUUCGACCAUACUCAAAAAGCUAUCCUUACCAGCUGCUCCAUCAAAAAUCCUGAUCCGACUUCGAAAGACCCCGAGAUACGAUGCUGCUUUUCUUUCACUGUGAAGCGAGAUAUGUGGAAUAUACCAGCGUUGAUUGUAGGUAACUUCCUACCAAUAACGGAGCCAAUAUCUGGACCCUUGCCGAUCUCCUAA